AUGAUGGACAAUGCCACUUGCCAUGUCGUCUACGUGAACCGCCAGGUUCGCCAGGACAGGCUUAUCCGACCUAACACGCAAAAUGAUCAGCCACUAGACGCUGCCGACUCCGUCGUGCAGGAGGAUGAUGAUAUUCAGAAGGAUGCAGAUCUGCUACUGGACACUUUUGGAGAAGGCUCGGCCUGCAUAUCCACCCUCUUCCAGCUUUCGGACGAGUCUAUGAUGGACCUUACGCCAACUCUGGUUCUAAUUGAUGUGCCCCACGACGAACGGCUACCCAGAAUCCGGUCUCGGUCUAGAUCACCAUCGCCGCACUCCCGCCCGACUACCGCUGACAUCAACAUUCACACUCCCGAGGAGGAUGUCUACGGCCUCAAAUUGCUGCAAAGGAUCAUGACCGAGUCGCAUCUGCGCAGCUUAUCAAAGCUGAUCGUGCCGAUACCCAUUGUGAGCUUUUCGCCUACCGAGUAUGGUAGCGCAACGAUUCCGGCUAGCGACGAUGCGAAACCCAAGUCUUCGGCGUCAGUGGACCGACGCCUGAUCAUUCGGUGCCUAGACCUAGGAGCCGUGGACGUCAUCAUCAGCCCUUUACACCUCAAAUGCAUCACGAGUCUCGAGAUCCAUGCUUAUCGGGCGCAUAAGGAUGCGGCCCGUGAACAGCAGGAAAUGCUCGAAGUACGGCGCGGCAGAAAACGGUCAUGGGUUGGGGUGAACGAGGAGAAACCGUUUUCCUACCUCAGGGAAGCCAUGGUAUCCGGUCUCAUGAGAGGCAUCUGUCGGUCAGGCGCGGAUUCUGACGACGAUCGGAUCUCCAACGUUAGCAUUGCCGUUUCCACGGAUCGCCAAGCUGCUGUCGCUGCCGCCGUUGGUCAGUGGCACUUUUGCGCGCACAGUUUCACAGAUGACGAGCUCCUUGUUGCGGCCAUGGUGAUGUUCAAGCAUGCCUUGACAAUGCCCGAGUUGGAUCGCUGGCGGAUACCGACAGACCAACUCAUAAGCUUUCUGGUCGCUUGCCGGGCUGCAUACAACAAUUUUGUCCCUUAUCAUAACUUCCGCCAUGUUGUUGAUGUUCUACAGGCUACUUUUCACUUCCUGGUUCGUGUUGGUAUUCUUGCGCCAUAUCCCGCCGAUCCCUUGGUGGAUCAAGAUCCACCGCAGAGCUCCCCAAUGGCAAAGCUACUCCAUCCGUUUGACGGCUUGACGCUUUUGAUUACGGCAAUCGGACAUGAUGUAGGCCACCCAGGUGUCAACAACGGAUUUUUGGUCACUCUCAAUGCCCCUCUGGCACAGUUGUACAAUGAUCGAUCCGUGCUCGAGUCGUUCCAUUGCGCCGCCUACUCACAGAUCCUUCGGCGAUAUUGGCCAAGCGCUUUCGAAGAUACCAAGAUGCGGCACCUCAUGAUCAGCUCCAUCCUUGCCACGGACAUGGGCCUGCACUUUGAUUACAUGAAAAGGCUCGGAGAUACCCAGGACAAACUGGACGUCGACAACACAACUGAUGGUUGGAAUGGUCGUAUGCAAGAGGAGCAAAAGGCUCUCGUAUGCUCACUUCUCAUCAAGUGUGCAGACAUCAGCAACGUGGCAAGGAAGCACGAGACCGCACUGAAGUGGAUGUACAUUCUUUCGGACGAGUUCUCUCGACAAGCUUCCAUGGAGAGUGAGCUAGAAAUUACGUCGUCUCUCCUGUCGCCUCCGAAGAAGGACUUGAUCUCACUGUCUAAGGCCCAGCUGAGCUUCAUGAACCUAUUCGCCAUCCCUCUUUUCCAGGGAGUGGCGGACAUAUUGCCAGCAAUGAAAUACACAGUUGACGAGCUCGAAAUCAAUAAAGGUCUUUUCGAGCAACGGAUCAGGGAAGAGCAGGCGAAGGAGGAUCCUAUCCGCAAGAGACUUUUGCGCAACGACGGCGCCUUCUCCCCACGAACUAUGAGUUUGGCCGGCGGGCCUGAAGGAAGCAGAGACUCCAUGACCCCGCGGGUGACGACGCCUCUGACCGAGCUUACCAUGCCGCCCCCGCUGCUUGACGACUUGAAGCAGGAAGAUGAUGGGCUGUCCCAGGGGCCAGCGGGCUCGGAGCACACGACAGCGCUCAUCACUGAUAUGCCGGAGCCGGAGGACCCUAAGGAGGUGAACGGCAUCGUGACGUCUUUUGAUUCCGUGGCGGACUUUGCAGCAAGCGAUCCAUUCCACUGCAGGGACAGGGCUAGUAGUUCGCCGGACAAUCAUCACGGCCAUAACGGCAAGCAGCGGUGCAGCGAGACGACGGACGGCAGCACUACGGGCCCGUACACUGGGGACUGGGCCUCACAGGCAACGAGUGCCACCACCGGAAAGAUGCCUCUGUCGCCGAGCACUCAAGGCACUAGCAUUGUCAGCAGAGAGUCGACGGAGCAGCUUCCAGGCGUACCCACGAUCUCGGAGCCAAAGCCAUUCGCCGAAGUCAAGCCCGAGUCUACGUUCCUGGAUCACGACGCCAACGGACCUCACUACGACGCCAACGGCUCUCACUUGUCGAACGGGUCUUUGGGCAAAACAGAAGGCGGCAAGGUUGUGAAGAAGAAAUCUAGUAGAUUCCGCAUGAAUGCCUUCCAGUUCUUUCGGCGGAACCGAGCGUCGAGCCCGUCCAUGUCAGCGGCCGACGCAGCCACCUGA